AUGAAGUUCCUUGUUUAUCUCGCCAUGGUCGCUGUAACCAGUGUCUCUGCCGUGAGCACCGCCUCCGCUCCAACCGUCUCCCAGCCCACCGACGGCGACAAGAACUGCCUGGCAAACUACAUCGUCAGGCAAUGCCUUCUGAGCCAGAAUGAAAAGCUUGCAGCCUGCGACCCAGCCGACUACGAAUGUCAAUGCUACGCCUCCCAAGCCAUCGCAACCUGCUACAACAACUGCCCCAGCGACGCCCGCGCCCCGGGAGCCACCCAAGCCAUGAACGGCGCCUGCAUGAACGCCUCUGCCCGCGCCACCCUCACCACAAAGGCCACUUCCACCGCCCAGGCCGAGGCCACCACCGCCGCAGCCGAAACCUCUAGCCCGUCGGUCGUGCCCACAAGGUCUGGCACCUCGUCCGCUCCCAGCGCCAGCAAGACCAAUGGUGCCGAGAGCCUCGCUGGCAAUGCUGCCGGCAUGCUUGCCGCCGUUGCUGGUGCCGUAGCUGUAGUCUUGUAA